AUGUACUAUAAAGUGGCUGAUCAAAUCAAAGCGGAACAUGCGUACUUUGUCAACAAUUGUGAAGACAAUGGUGAAUCAUUCUCCUACAGUUUGUCAAAGUUCCAACACGAGCAUAGAGUGUACAACGUUCAUUACCACCCACAAGAGGAGACAUUCACCUGUCACUGCUUGCUUUUUGAGAAAGACGGCUAUCCGUGUAGACAUAUUUGGGCCGUAAUGAAAUACCGUCAUAUGAAGAUAGUACCACAGUCUCUCCUGCUGAAACAGUGGAGUAAGAAUGCAAAAGUAGACCUCCCCCUCGAACUAAAGCAACACUCCAUAGAAAAGCAACCGUUAUUUGAAAUGGCUAGGCAUGCAUCCCUCGCUUUGGAUACAAACUUGUUGAGCUAUUACACUUCCAAGUCUGAGCAAUCUUACACCAAAGAGAAACAAGAAGUGGAAACACUAACUGCAAUGUUCAAGGAUGCAGUUCCAUUGGAAUCAAACACCGGUGACAACGACUCGGGACGAUAUCAAACCUAUCAAGAAAAUGAAAACAUUACCAGGGACCCAACACCUUGUAGAACUAAAGGAUCUGCCUAUGCAAGAAACAAUAGGGACAAUGUUACAAUAGAUAUGUCGGAUGGAGCCGUUAAAACUAAAAGGAAGUGUUCGAACUGUUAUUCUGCAGACCACAAUCGAAGAACAUGCCCUUAG